CGGUUUGGUUCGGUUUGAAUCCAAACCAAACCAAACCAAAUCAUUCGGGUUGAGUAAAACAUGAACUAAUUGGGUUAUGUAAAGAACACGGUUUGGUUUGGAUCGGUUUAACUUCGGUUGGUUUGGUUUGGAUCGGUUCGGUUUGGGUUUUUUGCUUACCCCUAACUAGAACUGUCAUAUAUGUAUCUGACCAAAGACCUUUUUAGAGAAAGUGAACUCCCUCGAAAAGUGUAAAUGGCAAAUCUAAUCCGAAGUCUUUAAGUUGAACUUGGAAAACCCUAUCCCAUUGCCGAUGGAGAAUCUGCUUUUGGGUUGUGACUCUGCUGCCUCUAGCGCAUGGAUAACUAGAACUGCCAUAUAUGUAUCCCACCAAAGACCUUUUUGGAGAAGGUGACCUCCCUCGAAAAGUGUAAAUGGCAAAUCUAAUUUGAAGUCUUUAAGUAGAACUUGAAAAAACCCUAAACCAUUGCCGCUGGAGAAUCUGCUUUUGGGUUGUGGCUCUACUGCCGCUAGCGCACGGAUCCAGUCAAUAGAGUAGAAACUUAAUAAAUUAAUAUUUGAUAAAUUAAUAAACACGCUAAACUAAUAAAUAUUUUUGGUUUCGAUUAAACCGGUUCAAAAUAUAACACAAAUCAACAAAAUAAUAAAAUAAUCCUAUGUAAAUGUAUAGUUCCACAAAAAUCAUAAAUUAAUAAUUUAUAUAUAUAAUAUUUAUAUAAGUACUAACAAAAUAUUUUUUUUUAUAUUCACAAUGAAGUUCAUCUUCUUUUGCUUGACACUUCAAUGUAUUUUGUUAAAAAAAAAUUUUGUCAGUAUUUUGUUAAUAUUUAGUAAAAUUAUAUCUAAAACUAUAAUUAAAUUUUAUAAAAUAUAUUUUAUAUACACCAAAUAGUAAAAAUGAUACAGAUGUUGAAUUUCUAAAAUUUAAUUAAUAUACAUAAGACAAAAUUAACUAUUUUCUUAUUUUUUUUAAAAAAAAUAAUUAUUAUAAGAUUGAGAAAUUAAAAAAAAAAAUUGUAAAUUAAACACUCUAUAAAUUAAUAAAAUUUCAUUGUUUAACAUUAUUAAUUUGUAAAAAAUUUACUUACCAGUAGUUUAUUUCAAAAUUUAGUUAUGUACUUGUUUCACCAAUUAUAUGCAUGCUAAAAGUAUCCUUAUUUUUGGAAAAAACAGCACAUCCCAAGUAGAUUCGUGUCAUAACCUCCCUCUACACGUGUCAAAAUCUUGUCAUCCUACAUCCUAAUAAUAGAAACCAAACUUAAAAUAAAGUAAAAAAUUCAAACUCUAUGUCUAAACGAGUAAACAAGAUUGGGCCAUGUGUCCUGCGUCUCGUAGCCUUAGGUUACACGUAUACUGGCAAAUUACAGACAUAUGUGUCCGUUACCUUUAAUCGCACCGCAACUAAUAGCCACUCCUCGCUCUGCGAUUGGCCGUCGCCCUCGUACCGAGUCCUUUGUGUGACCCCAAAGUUUCAACCGCAAGACGCCACGUCUCUCUCCUAUCGUCCAAUCACAGGGUUGCGCUGUUCAGCCUGUUGUCUCGCACGUGGCUGUUUCUCCAAACGUGUCGACGUAA